UUGCACACACAUGGCUUCUUGCCACAGCCCACAGGCAUGCAUGCUCCAUUUCUAGAACGAUCAUUACCAGUUGGAUUGGAAGCUUGCGUGUGGCCAUCUCCUCUAUCUUCACCUACCUACUCUCCAAUCUUGCUAGAUGUGCAAACCCCUCGUUUUCUUCUCAUCCAUCCUCCUCGUUUUCUCCAAGCAGGUACGACUUCCCGCCGCUCCCCGGGCGCUACAUAUGCAUCACCUUCACUUCGCCGCAUGCAACCCCAGCACUUCAACCGCAACGACGACCUGACACGCUGAUCAUUGAGCUCCUCUAGGAGUAGUGUUCACCAAUCCAUGGCGGACAUACAGUGCGACCAGCCCACUAAGCUGACGCCGAGCGCGUCGUCGCUGAGGAUCUUCGGCUACGAUGUGGGCGGCGGGGGUGCUGCCGACAUUGUCAUGCAUGCGUCGCCGCCGCGGGACGGCCGUCCGGUGGCGGGCGGGCGAAGGUUCGAGUGCCAGUACUGCUGCCGCGAGUUCGCCAACUCGCAGGCGCUGGGUGGGCACCAGAACGCGCACAAGAAGGAGCGGCAGCAGCUGAAGCGCGCGCGCCAGCUCGCCGCCCGCGUCGCCGACGCCGGGCCCGCGGCGGGCAUGGCGUUCUGCGCCGCGGACUUCGCACCACCGCCGCCGGGGCACGUCGUGGCCAUGGGCCACGCCGGAUCGAAUGCGUACGCGCCCGGCGCUGUCCCCAGCUGGGUGUACCUCGCGCACCAGCCGACCCUGAGCCUGCCGUUCCACGCUGCUGCACCAGGCCUGUGCCACCCGGAGCCGCUGAUCCUGCGCGGCGGCACCGGCAGCAGCAGAGCUCGAUCAUACGAGCUGUGCGCUUCGGCUGAUGGCGACGCCGAGGCCGAGGAAGCCUCGGCGAUGGGGCUGGACCUGGAUCUCAGCCUUGCUCCGGCCAGUUCAUCGUGACUCGGGAAAAUCGUUCCCUCCCUCACCGAUUGUAAAACGGAACAACAUGUUGCUCGCAAGAGGCCAAGAUUUGUGUUUGUGUCCCUUUCUUCUGUUCUUUUCUUUACUUCGGAAAAUACCAUUUUCGUGCUCAUACCAAAACCUCCGAUGUCGUUGUUGCACAAAGUGCCCCUAUAGAGUAUAGACAUAGAUAUGUGCUGCUUGCUCAAAAGUUCAAAGCUAGUGAUUGAUAUUC